AUGGGUGUGAUGCGAAUUAUUACUUUAGCAAAUAAAAGUCGAGGACAAAAAACGCGCAAAUUGUACAUCGUGCUAUUUGUGUGUUUUUCAACAAAAGCCGUACACUUAGAAGCGGUCAGCGAUCUGACAUCGGAUGCAUUUCUGGCUGCGUUGCGUCGCUUUGUAAGCAGGCGUGGCCAUCCGAACACGAUUUAUAGCGACAAUGUCACUAAUUUUGUAGACGCCAAAAAAGAGCUGGAGGAAUUGUACAAGGCGAUCAGAACUACGUUUAGUAAGCCAAUAGACAAUUAUUGUGUCUCCCGACAAGUUCAAUGGAAAUUUAUACCCCCUCAUGCCCCUCAUAUGGGUGGUCCAUGGGAGGCAGGAAUAAAGUCAUGUAAACACCAUUUGAAAAGAAUUGUUGGCGGGGCUUUACUUGUGUUCGAGAAGCUUAGUACCGCGAACCUCUUACUAGGUCUGCCUGAUGUUGAUGUCGUGGAUACUCUUAUUAAUAGAUUGGAUAGAUGGCAGCUGAUUCAGCGAAUAGCUCAACAUUUUUGGAAACGAUGGAGCGUUGGAUAUUUGACGUCAUUGCAAAGCAAAUAUGAGUGGACGAAGGAACAAAGCAAUCUGACUAUCGACGAUAUAGUUUUAAUUGUAUAUGAAAAUGCUCCGCCUUUGCUAUGGAGAAUCGGUAGAGUAAUCGAAUUACACCCGGGUAUUGAUAAUAAUAGCGAUUUCGGCUGGGGCGCACCGGUGUGCCACUUUACCGGUGGCACACAAACUGACUCCGACUAUUUUCUCGGGCCCACUUUGUGUACACCCAAUAUGCACUUAUGA